AUGUCUCGAUUCUUUAGCACCACCGCUAGGGCGUUGGUACGUUUUAUCGCCUUCAAAGUCGAGGACCUGCCGCAGCCAUACAACAACGCCGUCAAGAAGUUUACUUCAAGAGGUGGGAGUGCCGAACAGCUCCAACUUUCCACCCCGCUGACUACCAGUAGGUCUAGGAACGGAUACCCAGUUCAUCAGUCUAGCUACAACCCGGAAGACAAAGAAUUCAUCAUCAGUGCCAAAAUUACGGGGUCCAAGGACACAAAGACCUGCCACAUCUACCAAGACGGCACUGGUACCAUUAAGAAAGGCGACGAUAGGUGUUAA